GUGGCCAUGUUUGUUCUAGAAUCCUAUGGAUUAUUUAUAAGUAUUUGACAUUAUGUAUUUUUGUAAUAAUAUAGUUAGUUCAGCAGCACUAUGUGAGCCAAGAAUUAUGACAAUAGUCUAUAGUGGUUGGGUCCUGCAUAUUCUGGAUCCUUUUAGGUAUAUGUUUGGUGUUCAUAGGAAUACAUGAUUAUUUCUCGUAUAAGCAGCCUAGGGAAUGGGGCAGAGUGUCUGUUUCUUCUCUUGUGCUUUGGUUUCUUCUCUCCUUGGUGGAGUGGAAGAAAAGGACAAGAAUUUCCAACACAGCAAGAAAAAGCUGUGUUUCUUGUCUUUCUCCUCUGAUCCGUCUAUAACUCCUGCUGUUGUUCUCCCUUUGGGCCUUAAACUGUGUAUAUGUUGAAAGAUAGUCAUACCACGCUUGGUCCUUCAGGUAACAACUUUCUGAUUCAUCUUCGAUUCAUUUGAGUCAAUUUGCACUUUACAUUAUGUUUGUUUGAAAAUUGCGACGUAUUAAGAACAAUAUAAAAUGAGGUAAGUGCAAAGGUAUCACCAGAUAUUCGAUUUGAGAUACCACAGUUCUGAUACUUCAAUCAGAUGGCAUGAACAGAUGAACUUACGAUAUGUGCUCAUCCAUCAUCUAUCAUUGAUCUUACGUAUGCAUAUACAUUACCAUGCAUGGCAUGAAUUUUUGGUGAUAAUAUAGUUGCAUCCGAAGCCUGACAGUUCCAACCUAAACCUUUUUGCUUUAGCCUACUUUCAACUGUUGGCAGUACACUUCGCUACCCCUGGUCAAUACCAUAUUUCAAAUUCCACCAACUGUGUUCCAAGGAGUUGAUGUGUCUGGAAAGGUAUCUCCAGGGCAGUACUUUCCAUAUGUCAGCUGCAACCUGGACUUGUUGAUCUAGUUUUAGUUUGGCUUUUGUUGCACCGGAUGCUUGAAUUGUUCUCUUAUCACAAGAUAGUGAACCCGGCUACAAGGUCGCUUGGAAAAGUAUUUCCCAUAUGUAGGAGCCAGGGUUUUCAACUUGUUCACAUAAAGGCAAUGACGACGUGCCCUUUUUAAAAAUAAUUUUCUAUCCAGAUAUUCACUAGAAUAUAUAAUUUCUUUGAUGUGUCAUAUGAAGAAAGUGAACUAUUGCAAUUUAGUACUGCCAUAUAUCAAGAAUCCCAUGAUAGAGCAACGGGAAAGUAAAAACCGCGGACACCAAACUAAUACUACUAAGCUGACUAGUCUCUUGAGUCUGAUUAACAUAACAGUGGGUCCAUGUUACUAUGUUAGCGGAGUUUACAUUUUGCGUCACACAGUAAGUUUUUGUUUUACUUAUCAUUCUAAUGUUUUUGUCUUCUACAAGUUAUGCUGGAUUGCUGUCAAGCCAAAUUAUUUAGUAGAGUGCCUUAUGACCAUUGCAGUUGCAUAUUUGCAUUGUGAACUAAUUGUUGCUAUGGUGUUAUCAUGCAGUAGAAGACAGGUCAAAAGUUACUUUGAAUUUGUUUGAAUUUUAAGCUAGCAAUUUAAGAAAGGGUCUAGUAAUUUUUCGUUGAUCUCACAGUAAUGCAAUUUUUCUGAACUGCAGGAACUUAGAUCUGUGUGAUCAAGUAUGCUAGCUGCAGAUAGCAAUGCAGGGCACAAUAGGCAGUCGACACGCCCCAAAAGUGGCUAUGAACCUUCGGAUACAGAAACUGAGUGGCAUGAUAGCCCUUGGAAUGAUGCAAUACUGAAAUCACAGCGGACUCGGCUGCCUAAAGAUCCUGGUAGGGACCCCCAAGUUGGUGCUAGAAGACAAAACACAUCUCCGAACCGAGUAAGAGAUUAUCCUGAUGAGAAAACUUCAAGCUUGAGGAAUAACCGCACUCCUCCCAGGGUCACCGAACAAAAGCGCCAUACUUCCCCAUAUGCUGGUGGAAAGAAUGAAUCACGCAAGAAGAGCAGCCGGACACCUCCCAGAUUUCGGUCUUCUAUGGAAAAAUUUAGUCGAUCGUCGAUCAAGGAGAGGAUAUCCAGUAGCCGGUCAAUUUCUACACCGAAACUACGACCACAUGAGAAGGAACACCCUUCUAGAGUUCCUGCAUUUCGUGGCACUCCUGUCUCAACACAGGCAGAAAGAGACUCAAUCGAUAUUAUGAAAGCUGGUUCACAUGCAGAAAAUUGUUCCCCAGAGACCAAUGAGUUGAUUGCAAAUAGCAAGGGGCCUAGUUCCAAACAUAAUGAGUAUAUAUGUACAAGCACAGAGUCUACAGGUGACAUCUUCUUCUCCCGUGACUGUAGGGCCCCGCUUGCAAAAACAUUAGUAAAGAAUAACAGUAUUGACAAAUCCUUCACCUCUGAUUCAAACGUCGAUGAUGCUGCUGUUACUCAAGCAAAUAGCACUAAUUUGGCCCAGACAUCACAGUUUGUUUCAGUCAGGACUGGUUUUUCACGAACUACAAACACCAGCUAUGCUAAUGGUCGGCACUCCCAAGUUAAGAGUGGCACCAAUUUGAGUAGGCAGUUAAACAGUGAACGAUUUAGUGGGGACAGUGGAAAGUUCAGUGAUUUCACUGGGAAACUAGUUGGAGGCGUCAUGAAAUUCACCUCUAGCAGGCAGAAGAAUCAAAAUGAUGCUUGGUUUCCAUGUGUGAUUGGAAAGUCAUGCCGUAAGCCAGAACCGUCGAACCAUAAAACAAAUGAUGAUUCUGAAUCAACUUUUAUUCGGAAGGCACUUGUUGUGGAGAAGAUUAGACUUUUCUGGGCUGAUAAAUAUCGUCCACGAACUUUGAGUGGAUUUACUUGUCACAGGGAGCAAAUUCAACAGCUUAAACAAUUGGUCCCCCCUGAGUUUUGCCCUCAUAUCAUUCUCAAAGGACCUCCAGGGUCAGGAAAGAAAUCAUUAUGCAGAGCAAUACUCACUGAGAUCUUUGGUGAUUCCUCUCUGAAUGUAUCUCACUAUUUGAAGAGUUGCAAUGGUCAGGGACCUGCAUCUGCGCCCAUUUUUGUCCCAUUGUCAUCAAGUGAUCACCAUGUCGAACUCAAUAUGAGGUCUCAAUCCAAGCAUGCUAGAUAUGCUUUGACAGCUCUGGCAAAUGAAAUGUCAAGUAAGCAUAAAAUCACUGAGAUAUCUGCAACAAACAACUUCAAAGUUCUUGUUCUGUAUGAUGUUGACAAAGUUAGUGAGAAUAAUCAGCGUUUGAUAAAAUGGAUAAUUGAUUCCUCCUCUGAUGCAUGCAAGAUAAUAAUGACUUGCCAAGAUGGCCCCAAUCUUCUUGAUUCUAUUACAAGCCGUUGCAAGCUUAUUAGCAUUGGUGUGCCAAAUACACGUGAGGUUGUGGAGGUUCUCACCCACGUAUCAAAAAAGGAGAGUUUCGAUCUCCCCGCAAGUUUGGCUUACACCAUUGCGACUCGAUCCGCUCACAACAUGAGGGAGGCGGUAUUGGCUCUGGAGGCAUGCAAAGCUAACAAUUACCCCUUCGUUGAUGGACAAGCUAUACCACUAGGAUGGGAUGGUGUUCUUGAGGAACUCGCAGCAGAAAUUUUAGAAGAUCCUUCUCCCAAAAGGUUGUUUUUGGUACGAGGCAAGCUCCAAAAACUCUUGGUUGAAUCCGUGCCUCCUAAACUUGUUCUCCAGAGACUCGUAGAGCUGUUCCUGAAGGGAAUCCAUGCUAACAUAAAGAGGGAUGCUUAUUACUGGCAUGCCUACUACGAUAAGAGGCUGCCGGCUGGUGCCAGUGCACUGCUGAAACUGGAAGAAUUCAUUGCCAAGUUCAUGAGCAUCCACCGGAAGAGCUUGGCACCCGAUUCAUGAAGAUUCGACCGGACCAGCCGAGAAAAAGUUGGCAUGUCCGGACGCAGUUCAGCUGAACCCUGCAGCCAGUAUGUAUUUGGUUUACCGGCCAUGGAGCCUGCCGGCGUGGCGGCGUAUAUGCUAGUACUAGUCAUAUUUGAGAGUGGGGAAAACGAAAUGAAACGAAGCAGGACUGGAACCAGUCCAUUGUGCGCUAAGAGCAUCUCUAGCACAUCCUUUAUAUCGCGGAUUCUUAUACUGUGUUUACAGUUCGAGAUUGUGUUGAGAUACGAGUCAAAAACAACCGCGGCAGAUUA